CUCCCUCACUGACACACCGAGCCGGAGGCAGAAGGACUCAUUCUAUCACCUCUUCCAACCACUGGUAUUCCACCUUUAUUUCCAUCACUCCCCACCAUGAAGGAGAGAAGACUACCCCAGCCUUUUGUAGCGAGGUGUAAACUGGUCCUGGUUGGAGACGUCCAAUGCGGGAAGACAGCGAUGUUACAAGUGUUGGCCAAGGACUGUUACCCAGAGACGUAUGUCCCUACUGUGUUUGAGAACUACACAGCCUGUCUGGAGCUUGAAGACCAGCGAGUGGAGCUCAGUCUCUGGGACACAUCAGGUUCUCCAUACUACGACAACGUCAGACCCCUGUGUUACAGCGACUCAGAUGCUGUGCUCUUGUGCUUCGACAUCAGCCGACCGGACACAGUCGACGGUGCUCUGAAGAAGUGGAAAGCAGAGAUCCAGGACUUCUGCCCCAGCACACGGAUCCUGCUAAUAGGCUGUAAGACAGACCUGCGCACGGAUGUAUGCACACGCAUGGAGCUGUCCAAUCAGAAACAGAGUCCCAUCUCCCAUGAACAGGGCUCGUCCAUGGCCAAGCAGCUCGGAGCGGAGGCUUACCUGGAGUGCUCAGCCUUCACGUCAGAGAAGAGCAUCCACAGUGUUUUCCGUACCGCGGCUCAGGCCUGCAUGAACAAACUCCAGCCUGCCAGCAAACCCAGCCCCAUCCGCCGCCUCUCCAAGCGACUCCUCCACCUGCCCAGCAAGACAGAGCUGCUCUCCUCCACCUUCAGCAAGGACAAGUCCAAGAGUUGCUCCAUCAUGUGAAAACUGCUGGGAUCAUGCUCAUAAAGCAAGGACAAGCAAACCACUGUAUACUGUAGCUGGUUCAGCAAAGGACGCAGGGUGUGCAAGGGAGAGAGAGCAACGAUGUGGAUUUCUACAAAGCCCCUCUCUCUCCUUUGCAGCCCAAACUCCCUCCACCACUUCAAAAAAACCACAGAUGCACUCUCUAUAGUCAACUCUGACACUGGACUUUUCACCAUGACCUGUCACCAGCAGUCAGCGCAGGGACAGAGUGAAAAAUGUCUGAUGUUGCAAAUAUUUCUGAUCAAAUUAGAUAAUCCUGUACAAAGAGGGCGUAACAGGCACUUGAAGGUGCAGAGCUGCUCUCCUCACUUAAAGGUGGCUGUGAUGGAGUCAGCUCAAAUAAGGUCAGUGCCUCCUCUUUUCUAGGGGGGAAGUGGUUGUAAACACUGCAUUACCCUGAUGAGACCCAUUUGAAAUUCCGAGAGUGGAGCCCUUUCCCAUCCAUCUUUUGAUUUGAAUGUCUCUUUAAGGUCACAACAUGGGCUGAGUGACUGGAUGAAAUGUAAAAUCUGACAUUGCAGGAUAAAUGCGGCCUGCGUAAUUUUAAACCGAGGCCCCUUGACGAAAAAAAAAUCCUCCACCCUGAACCCUCGCAGUGUUUCGUUUGGGAAUUAAAGCUGACAGUGGAGAAAAAGGGGUAGAGCGACGGGAGGGAUUUGGCAAGCAGAGUUUUCACUUGCAAAGGCGGUGGGAGGGCGACCUGCGAGCACAUCUGAAGGAGCAAUGUGACUCAGCACUCACAUGAGCCACUAAACAGCGUCGGGAUGACGUGCUCUGUCACAAAUGCAAACAGAAUCUGGGCCAUGGACAUGUUUUAUCAGAUCCCCGAUCACCACAGCAGACUUAAUUGUUCAGUGUUAUUAACAAUAAGCCUUGAUUUGAGUGGUGUUGCAUCAAUGAUGCGUCAUCUAACUACUCCCUCCUGCUUUAGUAGCUUAAUGGAUAUCAGUUUUUAAUACAAACAACUAAAUCAACAUUUCUCAGUCUAUAAAAGAUAAAACAAAUAUUUCUAUUCAAAUCGAGGUGGGUUUAUUUUAAUGAACCAUAAAAGUUAUUUGUUUGAAUCUGCUGCCUCAUGGAUAUUUAAAGAGUAAUAGUCUGUAAGUUUGGACUGUCGGUGUCUCAUGUGCUCACCUUCAACACGCUCCAGGUGCUGGGUUAAAAAAACAAUAGAAACUGAUGCUGCACAACCUGAGUAAUCAUCUUCUCUGUUUCACACUUUUCCAAAGCUUGGCAACUACUGACACUGCAACUCCCCUGCUGAGAGUUCAGCUGUGAUUUUGGUGCCUCAUGCUUGUAGCAAUCUCAUUAGCCUCUGGGCUCAAAGGCCAAUAUUUUGGGGACCUCCGGUGUAGACAGCUGAUAUCCGGGCCAAGACUCCAUCUUCAGCUCACCCAAACCUCUGAACACUCCAACUCGUCUCCUUUUUCACACAUAUUCAGGAUCUGUUUAUAGAGAUUAUGCUAGUAGUGGCUAAAGUAGCCCCGGGCUGCUAGCUUCAGGCAUAGAUGGCUACAGAGUUCUGGUAAAGUUUUUUUUUACAUCCUGUUCGUAGUAGUAGUAGUAUUCCCCAAGACUGGAAAACAGGUCGGUAUAGAUGCCUGUGCAGCCAUUUAAUGCCUUGAUGCAUUGUUGGCUUUAGAUUCCGAGGAUUGGGAGUAGGUCGUUGUAACCAACAGUGCAGAUUGGAGCGAUUCAGUGACUGAAAACUGACAGAACAAGGGAGAGUAUGACUAAGACUAAAUCCCCCUGACUUCAGUCUUUCAUUGGACCAUAAGUAUUGUAAUCAACGACUUAAUGUCUUUGUUGAAACCUAAACUCUCACAUAUUUACCCCAAGUUUCCCGAAUAUCAGUUCUUGUGUUUCUUUGCAAGAUUGGCUGGUUUAAAAACAAGUAUUACCUUUAGCUAAAUCUCUAACCCCAGCCUGUUGUCAUAGAAGAUGCUUAACGUGACCCUAGCCAUACCAUUUAGGAUAAUGGUAUGGUUAGGGUUGAUGUGCCAAACCUUACCAUAGCCUAACCAAAGAUCUAACUGAGGAGGGUGCUACAGGAACCACAGAGUUAACAGUAGUGAAAGAUUAUCCGAAGGGGGAACAGACUCUGACACAACACCGGCUCUGCCAUCAUUCCACAAGCGCAUUGCGGCCAGCGUCAUACCAUCCUGGGUAUUACCACCUACUCCUGGGGCUUAAAAUCUAAUUCCAACCACAUCUGCAUCAACACCCAAAAUGUCCCUGAGAUGAAGGGGUGGUGGAGCGGGGGUUUUACAUUGAAUUACAGGCCGGUCCUGAAUUGAGUUUUUUUUUCAUUCCUCUUUUUAUUUAUUUCUAUGCUUUUAAAAAAUAUUUUUGAUCACAUCUCUCAACUUCCCUGCAAAGUAUUCCUGACAUUUUCCAUUUAUAAGGUUGUUUUUUUUGGGGAUGUUCCUUCUUGCUUGUGGUUGUCUUCAAUGGUUUUGUAGCUGUUGAUGUUGUUCUUGUAUUCGCUUGAGUCUUCUGGCAUUAGUGGCUGUUGACAGCUCAGCUAAUGGAGGACUUGAUGAUUUGUAGGUCUGCACCGAGAAGCCCGGACUUCUCUGGAUCUACGGCACACUGGAAUUUAAUGUGUUGCCUAGCAACAGUGUGAGCAGGACUCCUGUCUCCCAGAGAGAGGGAGGGAUGGCUCUCGGAGAGGGCGCCUCACCUUGUAGCAUUAGACAGAAGCCACAGCGAAGGUGAUGGGUGGACAUUUCAGGGAGCAGCUUAAGAUCUCUACUUGGUUUUAAAGACCCCGUACUGGUAGCAACCAGUAUGAGUGGGUUGUUGGAAAUCGCAGGUCUUUUAAAACAUGUCUCUGCUGCAGUCAUUAUUUCACUUGCUCUGUCCAGAGAAUCGUGUUUUACUAAACGACGUCAAUUUUACUCUAUUUACAUUAAACAUUUCAGGGUUCACUAACAUAAAUAUCAAGAUUUUUAAUACCACAAAUAAUUAAAUGUAAUACUGAUCAAUGUUUGAAGGAAUAAUCGCAGACAGAAAGAUAUAGACUAGAAUUAAUAAAUAUUAUAUCGCAUUUUCCAGUUUGUCCCAGAAAUAUAUAGAAUGUGAGAUAUAUCUCAAUGGUAGAAUUAAUACAAUAAAUAUGAUUUGUGACCUGGGGAGAAACUGACAAUUAAUGGAUUGAAUAAUUAAUUAGAAAUUAUUGGAUGUAUUUGUAAAAAUCUCUGAGCUGAUGAUCGUCCUCACUACUGUAGCUAAAAGUGAGUGUUUUAACAGCCUCCUGCUGCACAGACCAUUGUCUUUAAAUGUCAUUUUUGUUUACAGGUGUGUAACUGAUAACAGUCACUGCUGACUGCAGCUGCCACAAGACAAGAUUUAUGAUUUUUUUUUUUUAUUAUAUUGAAUUCUUUUUAAUAUUUUUGAGAUAUUCCAUUCAAUGCUUUUUAAGAUUUUUGCGAGACCUGCACAUGUCCUGGAUUUUACGGUUUCUUUCCUGCCCGUUUUGUUGAUGAUUUGUUGUACAUAUCCUUCUUCCCAAAUCCCUGGAAAGAAUGUUACUGGAGCAAAACAAAUGUUUGUGUCAUGUUGCCCGUCAAGGCUUAAAUUAUUGACUGAAUUCUGUAUUUGUUAUUGUCAUACAUCAUUUUCAUCUUUAAAUCUUUAUUUAAAUAAAUAUGUCUGAUGUUCA